AUGGCCACCGUCACUCCAGCAGUUAGACUGCUGCUCAACUGCCUCCUUCUCGCAACUACCGCCUAUGCGGCACGCAAUUUGCCCGGUGGCCUGGCCUCCCGUCGCUUGCUCCAAUCGACCGAGACCUGCCCCGACUCCGCGAACCUGUUGAGCCUCGUGAAUGCCGCUCGGGCCGCCCACGGCGGCAACCACGGCGGCAGCGGGUAUGGGCAGAAUAUCCUGGUUGCCUGGGGUCCCAUCACGGACGGGGGCUGCUCCAUGGCCAUGCAGUACUGGUACAACAACGAGGCCGGCUCCUACGACUACGCCAACCCCAGCUUCCAGGCCGACUCCGGGCACUUCUCCCAGAUUGUGUGGCUGUCCACCACCCAAAUGGGCUGCGCCGUGGCGCAGUGCCCAGGGUCCUCCUGGUACGCGGGCCCCACCGCCGGCAACUGGCACUUCAUCGUGUGCGACUUUGACCCGUCCGGAAACGUGGAUGGCGAGUUUGCUGCCAAUGUCCUGCCUGAGACCACCGUCUCGCCGCCCUGA